CAGCCUGCAAAGAGGGCACAGACACCACCAGACAGGAAGAGAGGCAGAGAGGAAGGAGGCCAAAGGCUGUCCUGCUCACCACUUGGAAAGCAAAGACUGAGAGAGGAGGGGUGAGAGAAGAAAAAGGGGAGUGUCCCUUCUCUGCUGCUGCAGCCCUCCCCUCUAUGAUUUUCUUUCUCUCUUUUCCCUUACUCAUCUGUUUCUAUGGCUGGCUAAGAGGAAGGGCACCUGCCGCUCCCUGAUGAUUCAGCCUUUCAGCUACUUGGAGCUCCACAGACAAGACAGCAUGUCCCUCCUGCCACUGCAGUGCCCGGCCAUCCUUUUCUCUGCACUACAGCUACUGCAGCUGGCCCAUCACGGCACCACCGCCUCUCCUGGUGAGUGAGUGCUACUGUUUGUAGACCAUCCCGAAACAUUCAAGGAAUAAAAUCCUUUGAAAAUCUUUUUUUAAUUUUUGUCUGCAGACAAUUUGAGUAUUCUAUUCUAUUUUUGCGUUUCCUGUGAGGAAACAUGAGUAAGGAGUUCCUUCCCCUCUUGCGCAGAAGGCUUUCUACAUCCCUUGGAGACUGUUAAAAAACGCUUUGACUCACUCUGAAGAGCAUUUGCACUUUCUCCUGAAAUCCCGGCUCCGACUACAGCCUCAUGAUGGAAAACAUACCCGAGGAGACUGGUGGUAGACAGCCAUUGUAUGAUCUGAGUUAAUAGCUGAGUUGCUCAGAUAUCCUUCAACCAGCAGUUGGAAAGGAUGACUGAGGGAAUGGAGGACUUCUCUGCUGGGCCAGCUAAUCUUGCUGGAUCGGUCACCCCGACAAGGUCCACUGUUGAUACUGGACAAGUCCCAGAGGAGAAACCCAAGGAGACAGCAGCAGCUGGCCAGGAGAGUGGGGAGGAGAGCAUAGAGGGAGGUGGUGGUGGUGGCGACGGGGAGCAUUUAGGAGCUUUGGGAAUAGUGGCUGUGCCAGGGAGCUGCUGUGUGUGUAUGGAGAUGGAACAGAUUAACAAUUGCCUGCACUCUGAGAAAAUCUGCAUUCUUCCCAUCCUGGCCUGUCUGCUGAGCUUAGCCCUAUGCACAGCUGGCCUCAAAUGGGUCUUCGUGGAUAAGAUCUUUCAGUACGAGCCACCCACACACUUAGAUCCUAAACGCAUUGGACAGGACCCAAUUAUCAUAUCAGUUUCCCCCACACUGGGACUAACUAUGUCCAUUCCUCAUUCAAGUCCGUCUUUUGUCUCCUUGACCACCGCCAUUACUCCAGGACGUCCUGAUGAUUUAAGGGAAAAGAAAUCUACUCAAGGGCCGUACAUGCCUCAGUCGCCCAGAUUGACUCUCUCUGAUCCCUCUGUUACAUUGAAAUACAACGCUGAACGUCCAACCAUCCAAAAACAGACUCCCCACCCUCAGACAUCACAGGAAUUAAACGACAUCAUCAUCCCAACAAUAUCUGCCACCAGCAGCACCACUACAGCGAAAACCUCCAGUCAUGUGACACGCUGCAGUCACAGACAGAGGAACUACUGUGUUAAUGGAGGGGAGUGCUUCACCCUUGAGAUCACGCCAGGCAGCACAAAGUUUCUUUGCAGGUGUCCAAAUGAAUUUACUGGGGAUCGCUGCCAAAACUAUGUAAUGGCCAGCUUUUACAAACAUCUUGGGAUUGAAUAUAUGGAAGCUGAGGAGCUGUAUCAGAAACGCAUUUUAACAAUAACAGGAAUCUGCAUUGCACUCCUAGUCGUUGGAAUCAUGUGUGUGGUUGCCUACUGCAAAACUAAAAAGCAGAGGAGAAAGCUCCAUGACCACCUGAAGCAGAGCCUGAGAAAGAAGAGGACCAAAAAUACCAAUACUGGUAUCGGCCCCAACCUAACGGACUCAGCUAGAGGAUGUCAGGAUUCUAACUUGCCUCUUCAAGAUUUGCAGCUCAUCGAUCAUUGUAAUGAGACAACUCUACAGCAUGGAGGUGAGGGGAAUACUGAAACUAACCUCUCCACAAGCAAAAAGGCUUUAAUGGUGCAUGGACCUACCGCAUUCAGCGACAUCCCAAGUAAGAGGUGUGUCCCUGCCAUGACAACCAAGACUCAGGUGUGUCUUGUAUCCCAGACCUCUCCUGCAACUCCAGGAUCUCCUCCAUCAGAGAUGUCUGCCCCCCUUUCCAGCCUUGCAAUCUCUGUCCCUUCCCUGGCUUUAAGCCCCUCUGGUGAGGAGGAGCGCCCCCUGCUGUUGUCCAACACAUGUCAGCCAUGCAAGUCUAUGAGCAGAGAUGAGCAGAAGAGGACCUCUGCCCACUACAACCACGGCCAUGUGACACAUAGCUUACCACCUAGUCCACUGUUUACAAUGGAGAAUGGUUACUACAUAGGUGAAUAUGACAACACGGUUAGCAGCCAUAUGUUCUCAGCAUUACCUGAGAAGCUGCAAAAUACAAACAACAACAUCAACAACAGCAGCCCCGAAAAAAUCCCCAAUGGCCAUGAGCAUAAUGUGGGUGACAACAUGCUAGUGAACGAAAAAGAGGAGUGUCAGAGGAAACACACUACGACCCUGCUGCUCAAAGUCAUAGACAGCAGCAGGACUAACCCAGCAUCACCAACUAAUGACGCGCAAGAAAAGUCAUCCAGUUCCACCGCCAAACACGAUCCAAUUGCUUUGUAAAGUCAAAAGAAAAUGCUGAGAAUCCUUUAUGUUCAGGGCGGAAAAAAUGAAGUCACUACUAAACCCUAUUUUCUAUAAACAAUUUGCUUUAUAAAGACUUUUAAAGAUAGAUGGAACUUUUAUUUUAGUGAUGUAGUAAAUAAAGUUUUAUAAAAAAAAAAUGUACAAAUGUGUUCAUGUCAAGUAGAUAAAGUGCCAUACACUAGUAUGUAGCAACGAAUGACGUAUAUUCCAGUGCAGAAAAAUAUCAAUGGUGCCUUUCUAUUUAGUGGGCUUAAGGGAACAUUGUAUUCUGGAACAUAUAUUCACCAUUUUAACAAUCCAAAACAACUUGCUGGCUGCUUUUAAUGUUCUGCAGUUGGAGGGGCCCGCUGAAACAACAGUCAGCUAAUAUAUUCAUACGAGGUGCAUGCUAUGUCCUUGAGUGCUGUGAUGGAAUGCACAGCUCAUGUGUUUUCCUCUCAAACCAUUAGACCUGAUACUGAACUCAACACAUGGACUAAUGAUUAUGAUUAAAUGACCAAUAAGCUCAUAACCUUCAUUUGGCAAGAGAUGGAAAAGAUGGUUCAAUCAAAAUGUUUUUUCUUGAUCUUAAACUCAUCUGGAAUCCUGCUGGUAAAUAAUGGUCAUAACUGAUAGUUGCCAUUGCUAAAGUCUGGCUCUGGAGUGUAACUAAUACUGUCACUUAUAUGCUGAACAUAAUCCUGUAGAUAUUUAAUUUCAUUGAAUUAUAUUUUGUGAUUUUAUUUACACAUUUCAGGUUUACCGUUAAUAUUUUAGAGGGGACUGCAAUUGUAAUAUUGCAAUUACAUAAUAUUUAGAUACUGAAAAGAGACAGAUACAUAAAAUAAAUAAUGACCAUUCUCACUUCAGAGACCUAAUAUCCUAACUUAAUCAUGCAGCUAAUGGUCUUUAAAAUAUUGAGUGUCAUGUCUUUCUAUUCUGGCAUGUAUCCACAUCUUCACAUAGUGCAAACUGACUCAGAAAAGGUGGUACCAUUAAAGAAAAUGACUAGCAUGAAGACCGGCAAUUCUCUUUUUCUUCAAGAGAACCCCUCUUAUGAAGUUUAACUGCAAUAUACAAAUGUGUAUUUUUGUUGAAAAUAAAUGAAAUAAAUGCAUACAUUGCAUACAUUGAUGUAUGCACUUAUUUCUUUAACAACCCCCCCCCCCCCCCCCGCCCCCCCCAACAUGUGUUCACAUAUGCAAUCUCAUUGUAUGGUUGAUUUACAAAAACGUUUUAUAUUCUCUUCUAACAUGAGCAUAUUUUAUCUGCCAAAGAUUGUCCCCUAUUUGAGAAAAAACAUUUAGCAAAAGUAAACAAGGGGUGACACAGUGGUGUGGUGGUUACCACUGUCGCCUCACAGCAAGAAGGUCCUGGGUUUCGACUCCGCCCGGUGGGUUUGCCGAUGGAUGGAAAAGUAAACAAAAAUAACCAUUAUUUCGCUUUGUAAUCAACCAGAGUUUUUUUUUAUGUGUGUAUGUAGAAUCAGCGGUCAGCCUAUUAUACGAUUAAGUACACAGACAGAUAGAAGUCACAUGAAUGUGCUGCUCCAUGGUUAGUGUUUUAAUGGUUGCCAUAUCUUUCUGUGUGAUAUGUUAUAUUAAGAUAAUGUAUUCUUAAUUUUUGCUCAUUACCAGCUUCAAUUACAGAUUUGAAUGGAUACAUUUAUAUUUUACAAAGAUUUUAAGAUUUAAAAUAUAUAGCCAUCUAUCACAUGGUUUUUGGUACAAAAUAGAAAUAAUCUACUUGCAUAUUUUGUCACUUGUAUGCUAAACAACAACUCACAAUGCAUUGCUUUUAGAUGUAGGAAUGUCUUCAAAUUAUGUAAAUACAUCAUGAAAACCUUCAACCCUGUUGAUUCUUAUUAAAUAUUAAAGCUUUUUCAUUGUGUGCCUUAAAAUGUCAACAAAUUUAAGGUUUUCAACUUAAAAACAACCGAAUAAUGUCUAUUAUUACAACUGAAUAACUGAAUAAUUUUAAUUGCAAUUCAUAAAGCUUCACAUUUCCUCAUAUACUGUAUGAAUUUUGAUUUGUUAGGGUGACAUCUUAUUUCCAUAUAUUUACGUUAAGAUACAGGCCAGGGCACGUCAGUUUUACAUGCCACAUAAACUUUGACCGCACAAAUGAAAUGGGAUGGGUUCUUGAUUUCUUGUUAGGCUGGCCACUUAUUUUAGAAGGUAAUCUUCGAAGGCAGAUGUAGUGUAGGACAGUCGUUGUGGAGUGAAAAGGCAGAGAUAAGGAGUGGGUGAUUGCAGAGUUAGGGUUUGGGGGAUUGGAUUCUAGCACCUUUUUUCUAGGCAUGAAGAGGGGUUGGGAUUAUCCAUUCCGGAUGGUUUAACAGCAUUAGGUCUCUAGGCAAGAAUGGCCAUGUUCACCCAGGUCUUCAAUGCAGCAGUACGGUUAGCCAUUUUGAUUGGUUCAACAGCAUUGGGUCUCAAGGCAUGGGCUUGAUAUGUGGUAGGAGGAAUGGAAUUCUGGCGCAGUGAAAAGGCUUAGUGGUCCAGGUGAAAUUGUAUUCCCACAAAUGUCCUUACGUUGUCUGUUGAAGCGUCUUCUCGAGAGAAGACUUACUUAUCAAGACUUAUUCUUCAUCAAACCCUCUCUCCCAAGAAAAUAAAAUGGUAAAAGGUUAAACAAAUGGAUGCAAAACUGGCACACGGAUGCAAAAACAUGGUCAUUCUUAGGGAACAGACAUAAGUAUGGGCAUCCCCCAAUUCAAAUCAAACUGCAUUUGAGAUGGUCCAGUGUGGCAAGGCGAAGUAUUGAAGAAAAGCGAAGAACCUGGUGUGUCAGAGUGGGGGAUACUCUUGCAAAGUGUCACUAUAGCUAGAUGUUUACGUUGCUGGUGAAAGGCUAAAUGUAGUGUUUUAAAUAAAAUAUUUAGGCAUUACAUAUUAUUAUUGAUUCUAAUCUAAAAAUUCAUGUAAAACAUUUGACAAAGGUCUGGAAAUCUAAUCUCUGGAAUUUUAGAUUUAUAAAACAUUGUUUAACCAUGCAGGCUGCAAAAUGUUAUUUUAAUGGAAUGAUGGUCCCCCAUCUGAUCUAAUGCUUAACCAGCUGGGCACAAGCCAGCAGCAUAACAUUAAACUAUAUUCACAUUCUCCAUAAACAAACCCUAAAAACACUUAAUAAAACAAAAGUCACCAUCACUGCAAUAUCCUCAAACAUAAUGUCCUGAGUUGGAAGAACAUAAUUAAAUUCACUCAUGCAUGUCUGGUUUUAAAAAUGUUACAUGGGGGGGUAUGGCCCCGCCUCCGCUUCGCGAUUUUAUCAAACAAAGCAGUCAAAGCAGCAGACUCAAUAGAUCUGCUUCAAAAGAUGAUUGUGUUAUUUCACAUAGUUUAAAAUUGUUUAGAAAAUCUGCAUUCUCUGUGAAGGCACUUGUGGAAUGCUCUGCCACCAGACAUACCCGCACAAAAGAUGUACAAAACCUUCUAGUAAAACCUUAAGGAUU